AUGGAACUUAAUAAGAAUGAAAAGAAAAAAAAAGAUGACGAAGAUGAUUGGGAACUUCAUCCUUUAUUUUUAUCUAAAAUCCCCAAAAAAAAUGAUAUAGAUAAAAAUGCAGCUCUGUCAGCUUUAAUAACAUUAAUUAACGAAGAAGAAGAAAAAGAAAUAUAUAACUAUGAACCAAGAAGAAAAAAUCUAAGAAAAAAAAUAACGGCAAAAGGAGAAAUCAUACAUAAAAAAGAUAGAAGAAAUAUGUAUGAACCUUAUCAAAAUUAUAAAGAUAUAAAAUGUUUUGAUAAAAAAAAUGACUUCAAUAAAGAUAAUUUAAUUAAUGAUAAUACACAAAUCAAUUUAAAUGUAAAUAAUCAUAUAGAUCAAAAUAUAAAUUAUAUAGAAAAUAAUAAUAAUACAUCAAACCCUGAUACAACUAAUAACACAAGAAAAGAUGGAGAAGAAACAUCUAUGGGUGAAUUAUUAGUUUGUUUAUCUAUGAUAAACUUAAAAUAA